AUGCCUCACGUCGUCCAACGCACGCUUAUAGUAAAAACGCUAUUCGAAGACAAACUUGUCGGCUUCAAAUCCUACGAGUCACCAAAUCAACCAUUUCCACUAAGCUUCGAUCUCGUAACCUCAGGCACCCAACUCAAAGAAGAGGACCUCCAGGCCUGCAUCGAGCUCGUCGAGCAAACAUCCGGAGACGACUACCGCGCCUCAAGAAUCGGCUGGAACACGCGCAAGAAGCGAGAAGAAAUGAUGGACAAGGACAUGAUAUACCUGCUCGUCCGCCAAGCCAAUCCCGACCAAGCACCAACAACAACAACCUCCCCCAACCCCCCUAUCCUCGGCUUCAUCUCCUUCAUGUUCACCUGGGACGACCCCCCGCACCAAGACCGCCCCGUAGUCUACAUCUACGAAAUCCACCUCUCCCCACCCCUGCGCCACCAGGGCCUCGGCUCGCGCCUGAUGACCUUCGUCGAAGCCGUCGCGCGUGCCUGCAGCAUCGGGAAAACAAUGCUGACAGUCUUCGUAGCGAACGAGGGCGCAAAGAAAAUGUAUGAGAAGUUGGGGUAUCAAAGGGAUGAGUGUAGUCCUGUUGAUAGGGUUAUGCGGAGGAAGGUGGUCAAGGCGGAGUACGUGAUUAUGAGUAAGAAAAUGUGA